AUGACUGAAAAUGAUCAAUUUGAAGGUAUCGAUGAUCUUGUUCAAAGUACAGAAGAUGCAGUCGAAUUUAACCUAAUCAAAGACAAUAUGGAGCGAACAGACACGGAAUAUUUACCAGAUUCAGAUUGGAAUUACGAAGCAAAAUUCGAAGAACUUGUACAAGCCAUUUCCAUUAAUAACAAUGAUGAACAAAAUGAUAACACGUCUAUAUUUGAUCUGCCAGUUCAAGUUACUAAAAUAGAAGCAGAAAAAAUCCAUAAUCCAAUAACAGAUUUUCGCCAUCCUUACUUGUAUACAAUAAGUAUUCGUUCUGGUUCUGCAUAUGAAUGGGCAAUUAAAAAACGUUAUAAACAUUUUAUUGAACUUCAUAAAGAUCUUCUAGAUUACGCUCAAUUUCGUACAGACAAAAUACAAUACAAUUUAAAUACAGCAAGAUUAUCUACAACAGAUAUUGAUGAUAUGAGUGAUUAUUCCAUAAUUGAUGAGGAACAGCUUGAUUUUCCAAUUAAUAAUGAUCAUAUUUCAUUCACUUCCAAAUCUUCUAAUGACGAACAAUGUAAAAUAUUACAAGAAUAUCUCAAUAAAAUUCUUAAACAUCCAAAACUUCGUGAACAUCAUGCUGUGACAAACUUUCUGGAAAUUAGUCAUCUUUCAUUUGCACUAGGAUUGGGAAAAAGUUUACAAGAAGGUGAUCUUUUAAAACGAUCAAAAAAUAUUCAUCAUGAACAUUCAAUUUUUCUUCGAACACCUUUUCUAUUGGAUAAAUAUAAAUCUCAUCAUGGUCGAAAAUGGUUUGUUAUCAAAGAUUCCUAUUUUGUCAAUAUGGAAUCUGAUUCAAUCGUUGAUGAUAUUCCCAUGCUUGUUGAUCGAGCAUUUUCUAUUGAACAAGGUUUUUGGAAGACAAAAACUAAGAAUGGAAUUCGAAUAGAAAAUUUACAACAUUUAAUGAUUAUUAAAUGUCAAAGUGAAGAUGAACGAGAUGUUUGGUUUAAUUCUUUAUUAGAACUCAAGACAAAAUCUAUUUUUACUCAACAACAUCGGUUUUUUUCAUUUGCACCAGUAAGACGACAACAAUAUGCUCAAUGGUUUGUUCAAUAUUUCCGUAUUCUAUUUAGUAAAUCUAUUCUGUUUUCUAUUGCAAAAAACAAAAGGUUUAUCAAUGGUCAGUCGUAUACGGAAGCACUAGUCAAAGCUAUAUUAGCAGCCCGUGAAGAAAUUUUUAUUACUGAUUGGUGGCUUUCACCAGAAAUAAUGCUUAUUCGUCCAUUUCAAGACGAUUCAAUGCGACUUGAUAAUCUUCUUGGUAGACGAGCUGAGGAAGGUAUUCGUAUUUAUGUGUUAAUAUACAAUGAUAUUGAAUCAACUAUGGGUUUAAAUAGCCGACAUUCGAAAAGAAAAUUAAUUUCAAAAAGUCCAAUAAAGAAAAAUAUCAAAGUUAUUCAACAUCCACAUCGUCGAUUGUCAUCUGGAUUAAAAACAUCAUUUCUUUUUUCACCUCAUGAAAAAUUAGUCAUUAUUGAUCAACGGUUAGCUUUUAUUGGAGGCAUGGAUCUUUGUUUCGGUCGAUGGGAUAAUCAUAAUUAUCGAUUGAUAGAUUUGGGCGAUGAAAAUAUCACGGAAUUGAAACUUCCAGGUCAACUGACCACUGAACCUACUACGAAUAAACAUACAAAGACAAGGAAUUUUGAAAAAAAUGUACCCGAUCCAUCGUAUUGUGACACACAAGCAAAUGUUACUAAAAAGGUAACAAAGAAAGAAUCUUCAAAUGAAGACAACGAACUUCAAAAGCAAGCUAAUGGGCAUGAAAAGAAAUGGCGAAGAAUUUUGAAAGUAAUAAAUAGAAAAAGUGAUAGUGAUGAUUCAUCAGAUCCAGAACAAGACGUAAUAGUUAAUACACAACCUAGAACUGAUGUUGACGUUACAUCUAUAACAAAUGACAAAUGUUAUUUAUUUCCAGGCAAAGAUUAUGCAAAUUAUUACGAAAAAGAUUUUGAAGCUCUUGAAAAAUAUGAUGAAGGUGACUAUAUUGAUCGAAAAAGUGCACCACGAUUACCUUGGCAUGAUGAGAUAUUAGUUGUUGCAGGUGAAGCUGCAAGAGAUUGUGCAAGACAUUUUAUUCAACGCUGGAACAUUCAUAAGAGAGAUAACUAUCGUCUUAAUGAAUCCUAUCCAUAUCUUCUUCCAAAAACAUAUGACGAUGCUGAAUUAGUAGAUACAUCUUUACUUCGUUCAAUACUUCCGGAUAAUCGACCUCCAAUUUGUAUUGAUGCGCAAUGUAUUCGCUCUAGUUCUUAUUGGUCAUCUGGUAUUCGUACUGUUGAACAUUCAUCUGAAAAUGCUUAUGUUGAUAUGAUUAAUAAUGCUCAACAUUUUAUUUAUAUCGAAAAUCAAUUUUUUAUUACAAUUGCUGAUGAUACAAUAGUUAAAAAUAAGAUUGCUGAUGCAUUGUAUCGACGUAUCAUUCGUGCAUGUGUCGAGAAAGAAAAAUUUCGUAUAUAUGUUAUUUUACCAUUAUUAGCUGCUUUUUCUGAUACUAAUUCUGUUCGAGCUGUAUUUUAUUUUAUCAUGAGAUCAAUCAAUAAAGGUGAAAUGUCACUCUAUCAACGAUUAAAACAAAAUGGUGUACCUAGUCCUGAAGAAUAUAUUACAUUUUAUGGUAUGCGAAAUUGGGAUAUAUUGAUGGGUAAUUUAGUAACAGAAAUAAUAUAUGUACAUGCAAAAUUAAUGAUUGUUGAUGAUCAAAUGUGUAUUUGUGGAUCAGCUAAUCUAAAUGAUCGAUCUCUUCUAGGUACUCGAGAUUCAGAAGUUUGUUUAGUUGUUAAUGAUCUUGAAAUGAUCGAUUCUCAUUUAAAUGGUCAAAUGACAAAAGUAGGACGUUUCUGUUCAACAUGGCGAAAAACAUUAUUCAGACAUAUAUUGGGCAUUAAAAAUGAAGAGGAAAUAAAUGUUGAUGAUCCAUGUACAGAUGAAUUUUAUGAAUAUUUUCGUCGAAUAGCAAAAAAUAAUACACAAAUUUAUGAAGAAGUAUUUAAUACAAUACCUACUAAUCAAGUACGACAAUAUGAUGAUAUUGAAGCUUAUUCUCAACGAUCGAGUUUAAAAGAUACUGAUCCUCAAACAGCUUAUAAUAAAUGCAAACAAAUUCAAGGAUAUAUUGUAGAAUUUCCAAUAGAAUUUCUUACCGAUGAUGGUAUUAUGCCUAAAUUGAUUACAUCACAAGGUGUUGCACCAAGUUCAUUGUGGACAUAA